AUGUCAAACAAUGGUAGACUACCGAGCAAUAAUGAUAUAGAAGAUGGUGACACUAAUGCUAGUUUAAUUGAUCCAGAAUUAGUAGGAGAAAGUGAUACAAGUCAUAGAAUAAUAGCAGAUCAAACUAAAGAAGAGAAUAAUAAUAACGACGAAGAUGAUGAUAAAUUAGAUAAAGCAAUUAAUGAAUUAGAAUUGGAGAAUUUUGCAAUGGACGAGGAUGGGAUGGAUAUAGAUACCAACAAAGACGAAAAUUAUAUAUUCACCAAUUCAGAUGAUGAUUUAGAUGAUGAUUUUUUACAAUUUUCAGAUGCAGAAGAAGAUGAUUAUGAUGAAGAUUAUGAUUUUAAAGAUGCAUUGAAAAGUGCAAGUAAUUUUAAAGUUCGUAAUAGAAGAGAAAAAUUAUCUACUGCUAAUAAAGGAUAUUAUAGAAAAAAAAUGACGAGAGAAAGUAACAGAGAUUUAGAUCCAGUAGUCAGACAAAAUUUAUCAGAAGCUAAUGAAGCAUUUGUUAGAGGUGAUUUACAAGUUGCUUUGCAAUUAUAUAAAGAAGUUAUUAAGGGAGAUGCAAGAAAUUUUAGUGCAUAUAAAGCAUUAGGUGAAAUUUAUAAAAAUAUGGGUAGAUUAAAUGAAUGUUGUAGUUCUUGGUUAUUAGCUGCUAAUUUACAUCCUUGGGAUACUGAAUUUUGGGGUCAAGUUGCUGAAUUAUCUGCUGAAUUGGACCAUAUUGACCAAGCUAUAUAUUGUUAUUCAAGAGCUAUAACACCAGAUAUCAAUAAAAGUGCAAAUUAUAUUUUGGAAAGAGCACUAUUAUAUAAAGAUAAAAAAUCAUACGGUAAAUCAUUAGAUGGAUUUCAAAAAUUACGUCAAAUAUGGCCUAAAAAUUCAACAAUUGUCAAAUAUUUAGCUGGUGUCUAUGUUGAUCAAAAAAGAUUGAACGAUGCAAUAAAUCUAUAUAUGAGGAUAUUGGAUAGUAAUAUUCUACCUGAUCCAAGUUCAGAUGAAGUAUAUCCAGAUUUUGGCUGGCCAGAAUUAAAUAUUUUAUUGGAAUUACAUAUGCAACAUCGUUCAUUUAAAAUGGGUAUUAAAGUUUUAAAAUUAGCUGCAAGAUGGAUUCAAGGAAGGAUGACUGAAAACAACGACUUAUGGGAUGAAGAUAAAGAUGAUGAAUUUGAUGCUGAUAAAAGAUUCAAUAACAAAUUAAAAUUGAACCCGGAUGAUAGAGAGUUAUUCAAUACAAAACCAUAUGAAUUACCAAUUGAUAUUAGAUUCAAAUUGGGAUUAUUAAGAUUGGGAUUAGAUCAAAAAGAUGAAGCAUUACAGCAUUUCAAUUAUUUGUUGAUCGGUGAUCAAGAUGAAAUUGCCGAUUUGUUUUAUGAAGCCGGUAGAAAUCUAGCAGAAUCUGGUUAUUUUGAAGAAGCUACUACUUAUCUAGAAAAAGCACUGGCUUCUCCAGAUAUGGUUGAAACUGAUUUAGUUGGUUAUUUGGGUAAAUGUUACUUUGAGAUUGGUGAUUACGAAGGGGCAGAACAUGCUUAUUCUCAAUUAUUAAAUUAUGAUCCUAAAAAUGUUGAUUAUAAAUUAGCUUUAGCUGAGACUUUAUAUCAUUUAGGAGAUGAUAUACAAGCUAAAUGUUUAAUUAACGAAAUUAAAAGAUCAAAAGAAAAAAUUGGUCGAGAGGAAGAUAUUGAUGAAAAAGAAGAUUUCCGAAAGAUGUCAAUUAUUAAAAAUAAAGUUAGGAAAACCUCAAAACGAGCCAAACUCAGUGAACAUGAAAAACAAGAAAUUGAAGCAAAUGCUACAGCAAAAGUAUUGGAAAAAUAUCGUCGUAUGGAAAAAUUACAAGAAGCUGUUAAUGAGGGUGAUAGAGUAGCUAUAUCAGCAUGGAUUCAAUUAGCUUCACAAUUGAUUGAAAUGUUUAUUAGUGUUAAAAGUUUCUUCCCAAAAGAUAAAUCCAAGAGAUUUAAAGGUAUUAUCCGGUAUCGUUCAAAUACUCAAAUGAAUCUUGAUGACAAGUUAGCAAGAGCUUACAAUUUAUUAGAGGGUAUUAAUGAAGAACAACCAUAUACAAAACAAACAUUGGUUUCCAAAACAGAUUAUAGAGGAAUAAAUUAUAAUCAAUGGUUUGACAUUUUUGCUCAAUUUGCAUUAGUUCAAUCAAUUUAUGAAAAUAAUCCAGCUUAUGCCACUGAUAUAAUAGAUAUUGCAUUAGCAACAAAUCUAUUCGCUCAUGAUAAAGCCAAAGAAGCAGUUUUAAGAUUAUUAACUUUGUCAUUUGUAUAUCCACAACCAAGAUCAUCAGAUGUAGCAUUUCACCAAGUAAGAGUGUUUUUAUUAAAUAAUCAAUUUUCACCUUUUAUGUGUCAGUUUUUCUUAGCUUUUUGUUCAUUGAUAACAGAAUUUGGAGUUUCUGCUCAUUAUAAUCAUCAAAAAUUUUUCCUUCGUCAAUUAAAAUCUUAUGAUUCUUGUUACAAAAAUGAAGUAAUUACUGGAAGGUCAAAUAUUACUGCAGAUUUAACUAAUGUUAAAUUAGGUCCUGCUCAUCUUGAUUUAGUUUAUAUUUAUUCAGUUUUAUUAUCGAUGAACAAGAGUUAUACAUCAGUUGCUUUUUAUAUAUAUAGAGCAUAUGAAUCAUUUAGCAAAGAUCCAAUGGUUUGUUUAAUAUUAGCAUUAGCUCACGUUCAUAGAUCAAUGCAAAGAUUAAGUUCAAAUAGAAAUGCUCAAUUACUUCAAGGUAUAAGUAUAUUUUUAGAAUAUAGAGAAAACAGAUUAAAAACUAAUUCAAGUCCUUAUGAAAAACAAGAGGUUGAUUAUAAUUUUGGUAGAUUGUUUCAUAUGAUAGGUUUAACAUCAUUAGCUAUUGAAUAUUACAAGAAAGUCUUGCUGAUUCUGGAGAAUAAUUUGGAUGAAAAUGAUGAUUAUGAUUUGAAAUGGGAAGCUGCUUAUAGCUUACAAUUGAUUUAUACCAUUAAUGGAAGUGCAGAAUUAGCUAAUGAAAUAAUUGAAAAGUAUUUAGUUAUAUAA